AUGGUGGCCAAAAAGAGCCGUCUCUUGGCCACAGCCUAUCCAUAUCUCCAGAUAUUUUCCGCGUUUUCCCUAACGCCACCACCCCAAAAUAUUGGCAACACCUCACAUAAGAGACUGAGAUGGUACUUGAUGGCUGGAUUUGUCUGCUAUGCAGCUGGGAUCAUUGUGCUGGUCUUAUUUGUAUCACAUUUAAACAUUGUAGCCAUUGACAAGGAAGUAUUGGAUUACAAAGUGGCAGACUUUACCAGGGUCAUGGGUAACAUUCAAAAGAGCUUAUACUCGGUUGUGGCCAUUGCCAACCAACUAAAUAUGCUAUUUAAUUAUCGCCGACUUGGCGGAAUCUACGAGGAUAUAGCCAAUCUGGAGAAGGAUAUAGACGAGGCCUCACAGUGUUUCGGUGGACAAAGGCAAGGCUACAGUUUCCGCUUCCGUUUGGUCUACAGUGUGGGUGUGUGGUUGGUCCUUUUGAUGGCUUUAACGCCACGUUUUACUCUUAUGGCCAUGGGUCCCUAUGUCAGCUGGCCAUGUAAGAUUCUCACCGAGUUUAUCAUGAUAAUGCAGCAGCUCAAGAGUCUGGAAUAUUGUGUAUUUGUUCUAAUAAUUCACGAAUUGGUGUUGAGAUUGCGUCACACAAUUCUUCAGCUGCAGGUGGAAUUGGAGGACUGCGAUCGGGAGGAUAUGCUCCAAGCUAUAUGUGUUGCCCUCAAGCGGAAUCAGUUGCUCAUUGGACGCAUCUGGAGACUUGAGGGCGAGGUGGGCGCCUAUUUCACCCUGUCCAUGACUUUGCUUUUUCUCUACAAUGGACUGACCAUCCUGCACAUGGUUAACUGGGCAUACAUCAAUACAUUUCUCGACAAUGAUUGCUGCCGCUAUGACCGUUUUUUCAUUAUCUCCAUGCUCCUAUUAAACCUUUUAGUGCCUUGCCUUCAAAGUCAGCUUUGCAUUAACGCUUAUAACUGUUUCCCUCGAAUCCUCCAUAAGAUUCGUUGCAUGUCUGCUGCAUCCGAUUUUCCCAUUCUAACCAGAGGACUGCGGGAGUACUCCUUGCAGAUGCAACACCUGAAGCUUCUCUUCACCUGCGGCGGAUUGUUUGACAUCAAUUUAAAAUACUUUGGAGGGAUGCUGGUCACCAUUAUGGGAUAUAUCAUAAUUCUAAUACAGUUCAAAGUCCAAGCCAUUGCUGAGAAUAAAUAUAAGGCGAGUUUCAACAUAAGCGGUUAA